UGGAUAGUGGGAGAAUCUGGGUCUGGGAAGUCGACAGUAGCGCACACCCUCGCAGAUGAGCUCGGUCAGGAGGGUUUGCUUGCGGGCACGUUCUUCUUUUCGAGAAAUACUCCUCAACGUAGUUCAUUCGACCUUGUCUUCACCACACUCGCUUAUCAGCUAGGGCUACGUCAUCACAUCGCCCGAGAAACCAUCACGAAAGCCAUUUCUAACGACCCUUCCCUUCUUGAUCCUACCAAGUCCCAUUCGGAUCAGCUAGAAAACCUCAUCGUUCGAACUUUGGAGGUUCUUAAAUUUCCAUGGGCAGGCCGGAGUAUGUCCAUCAUCAUCGAUGCUCUUGACGAA